AGACGGAUAAACUAGCCCAGCUGCAGAACACGAGGGGUCGAGGGAAGGCCAAACAUCAGCACCAUGGGGAGGGAGGACAACAGCUGCUCGGUGAUCGCCACGCAGUUCCCGGCGGAGACCAGCAGACGUUAUAUUGAGGAGACCUUCAGUGUGGUCGGGCCCGUCAAGAAAUGUCACCUGGUUAGGGAUAAAGAUGGUGAUUUUAAGGGAGUGGCCUACAUUGUAUAUACUACAAUAGAUGAUGCCAAAGAAGCUGUUAACAAGCUGAACAACUCAAUAGUAAAUGAAAAAAUUAUCAAAGUGAAAUUAACUCGGCAAAGAGACAAUGAAGGCGCCAACACGCAGCCCAAGAGUGAGGAGAAGAGUGAGGAGUCACUUGAUCAAGAGAAAAGAAGUAAGAAAAAAAAAUGGAAAGACAAUAACCAAAAGAGCAAAGCAAACAGAAAUGGGAGAAUUAUCAUCAGAAAUCUUUCAUUUAAGGCUGAUGAAAAGGCCAUUGAAGAUCACUUUUCACAGUAUGGGAAAGUAAAUGAAGUAUCAAUAUUGCGAAAAAAGGAUGGAAAGAUGGUGGGGUGUGCCUUUGUCCAAUACGGCACGAAAAAGGAAGCACUCAUAGCCAUUAAGGAAUGCAACAUGAAGCCCUUGUUAGGGAGGCCAGUUGCUGUAGAUUUGGCAGUUCCCAAGGAAAAAUUUUCUUCAGUAAAUGUUAAAACAGAAGCCCCAGAAGAAGAACCAUCCACUGAGGUGAAGCAGGAAUUCCCAUCAGAGGACACUCAUCAAAACCAAAGUUAUGAAGAGGUCGAAGUCAAAGAGGAGAAACACAGUAGUGAAAGUGGUGACAGUGGAUUGGAAGAUGACAGUGAAGAGGAAGAUGAGGAAGAGGAUGAAGAGUUCUCUCAAACAAGUAAAAAGCCUUUUAGUGAUGGUCCAAGUAAAGAUGUUGCAGAAGAGAGGACUCUUUUCAUCAAAAAUCUUUCUUAUGAAGGCACAGAGGAAGAUAUAAGAAAUGUUUUGGAGCAGUAUGGAGCUCUGAAGUAUGUGUUGCUCUGCAUUGACCAGAUGACCCAGCAUCCUCGAGGGACUGCUUUCGCCCAGUUUUUGGAUCGUGAAGCAGCUGACAAGUGUUUGGAGGCUGAGAAGGAUCCCUCCACUAAACACCUGUUUACUCUCCAUGGCCGACCAAUGCACAUCAUGAGGGCCAUCAGCAGAAAGGAACUGCAGCAAAGACAGAAUGAGGAUAAACAAGCAUUCCCCAAAGAUAAGCGUAACAUGUACCUUGCCAGAGAAGGAUUUAUUCGUGAAGGGACUCAGGCUGCAGUGGGUGUGUCAAAAGCAGACAUGGCUCUACGCGUCAAAAGAGAACAAGUGAAACGGCGAAUGCUAAAAAAUUUGCAUAUAUUUGUCUCUCCAACGCGACUGUGCAUUAAUAAUUUGCCCAGCAGUGUCGCUGAAAAAGAAUUAGGCAAGAUGUUCAAAAAGUAUGCACCAAAGGACGCUGUUCUAUCGGAGACCCGAGUAAUGAAAGAUCUCAGGAAUCUUGACGAAAAUGGCAAACCAGUGAGUCGUGGUUAUGGCUUUGUUUCUUUCACCAAACAUGAACAUGCAUUGGCAGCCCUGAGAAAUGUGAACAACAACCCAGAAGUGUUUACCAAUGAUCAGAGACCAAUUGUUGAAUUUUCCCUUGAAAAUCGUAGUGUUUUGAAGGCCCGUGAAAAGAGGAUGGAGAAGAGCAAGGAAAAGAACCCUUUGUGGAAAAAGAAUAAGGAAAAGAAAACUGCAAAGAAAGAAUCUUCAGUGGAUCAGAACAAACCUUCAAAGCAGCAAGAAGCUGAGCCAGGGGAAGAACCUUACUGCAGCUACAUGGGUGCCAAGUCCAAUCCCACCAAGAGGGAUCUGCCUGGCAACAUUGGGCCCAAGAUUCGGCAUAACAGGAAAGAUCCAGGUACUGGAAAAAUAAGCAGGAAGCAACUCAAAAAGGAACAAAGGGAUCGAGCACUUGGGAAAAAGAGAAAACAGCCCCAGAAUGAAGACUUUGCCAAUUCUGAGCCAGCAAAGAAAUCCAAGUUGGAAGAAACUGUGAGCCAACCCAAAAAGAAAAAGAACAAGAAACUCAGUAAGCGUAUGAAAGUAGAUUUGAAAGAUGAGAAAUCAUUUCAAUCUAUGGUACAAAAUUACAAGAAGAAAAUGUUAUCAGUGGAUUCCCUUUCAGGUAAAAAGUGGUAUGAAGACUGAGUUAUAGUAUUUGAUACCUGGAGGUGUUUGCAGUAGUAUUUUUGUAUGAAUGGCCAUGUGAAUUCAAGUUUGAUUAUCUGUAUAUCUAUCUGUCCUGUCUAUAUCUCCAAUGCCUUCUUCCCUCUGUGAACUUCCCUCAAGAGGUUGGUCAUGGCAGAAGCGUAUCCAACUUUCCCUGUUCUGGUUCUCCCUCUCAGCACACUCAACCCCUCACCUACUGACUCUUCAAUGCUUGUCCACUCUAUUGAUCCACUACUGAAUCCUGCCCUCAUGUACUUCCUGACAAAGUCAUCCUCAUUAAUUCUCAUUAUUUCUUGAAAUCAUCUCAGAGCACCACACUUCAUCCAUCCAACCACACCACAAUCUUUGCUUUGAUAUCCAUACAAAUGACUUUGUGAAGAAAGUAUAUGAGGACAGGAUUAAGGGGAGAGGGUGUCUUAGGGAGACCAAUAGUAAAGUAGAUCAAUAAAGUGGAUGAGAAAUUUGC